AUGAAAUUCACCGACUGUCUAGUGUCUGUAGCCUGUCUGGCCAGCACUGUGUCGGCAUUUGGCAAUCAUGCCCACAGACAUGGUCUUCUCCAGCUUCCCAGGGCAUUCUCGCGAGAAGGGAUCUGGCUAUAUCCUGCUCUGCACCCUGACCAUGACUCGGAUGACCUCCGACAUCUAGACCCUCAACUUUCGAAAACACUGCAUUACUCUCAGGAGGGACACAGGCAUCAAACUGGAGAUCAUCGCUCUUUCUUCCGUGCAUCCAACCCAACUGUUGAUGAUGAAGAGUGCAUGACCGUGUCAGCUGAACCUCUGAAUGAAAGACAGGCUAUACACGCUGGUGAUCUAUCUUGGGGAACCUUUUUGCACCCAGAGUACCAAAAGCGACAGCCAGCCAAAGGGCAUGUCAAGACUACAAUGCCUGAGCAACCAACGGGAGAAACAGUUGAUAUCACGAAAGAUCCCGAUGCAGUCCAGGCUUUCUUCGACACCACUAUUAACACCGACAUACCAGACAAGGAGACCCAGCCCCUGGAUUUCAUGGACAAUAACUAUAAUCAACUGUCCAAACGAGGUCUCUUUUCCUGGAUUUUAGAAGGCAUUCAAUCCAUUGUCAAAGUAAGUGUUCACAUCUCCUUAACCCUUAAAACCAGGUGCUCACGGAUUUGUUCACAGAUUAUUCAAGUUGCCACCAAGAUUUGGGUCCGGGUUGUUAUCCUAAGGAAUGGAUUUGUGCUCGCUCAAGAAGGAGUGGCAUGGAAUGUUCAAUGUGUGGAUUGUGGCGCUCGAGGGCAUUUUUCCUUUGAUGGAAGACUGGCCUUCAGUACUCCCAAUGGCCUCACUGCGGCUGAGAUCGCACUCACCAACCAUGAGCCCCUGGAGAUCGAUGCUGUGUUUCGCAUCAACCUGAAUGGAAGAGUGUUGAAGAACAAAGGCAAUUCAAAGUAUAAAACUGCAUUCACAAAAGAGUUGUACAACGUUGGGCUUCCUGGUCUCUGGAUUCCCAAGAUCGUUGCCAUUGGACCCAUGGUUACUGUUAGUACAGGGGUCAGUCUCUAUUUUGAUGGUCACAUGGAGAUUGUGACCGGUGCU